GGCAGCACACGAGUCAGUAAACACACAGUGACGGCUCUGCUCCGGUGACGCGGCGGCUCGUCCGCGGCUCCUGACCCGGCAGCAUGUUGUACCUGAUCGGCCUCGGCCUGGGGGACGCGGCGGACAUCACGGUGAAAGGCCUGCGGGCCGUGGAGCGCUGCUCCCGGGUCUACCUGGAGGAGUACACCUCGGUCCUGUCCGGAGGGAAGGCGGAGCUGGAGCAGCUCUAUGGGAAGCAGCUGAUCCUGGCGGACCGGGAUCUGGUGGAGCAGGGAGCGGAUGAGAUCCUGAGAGAUGCUGAUGUGGAGGACGUGGGCUUCCUGGUGGUGGGAGAUCCCUUCGGAGCCACCACCCACAGUGACCUGGUGCUGAGAGCAGUGCAUGCUGGGAUACCGUACAAAGUCAUCCACAACGCCUCCAUCAUGAACGCUGUGGGCUGCUGCGGGCUGCAGCUGUAUAACUUUGGGGAGACGGUGUCGUUGGUGUUUUGGACGGAGACGUGGAGACCGGAGAGUUUCUACGACAAAAUCUGCAAAAACAGAACAGCUGGACUUCACACACUCUGUCUGCUGGAUAUCAAAGUGAAAGAGCAGAGUGUGGAGAACAUGAUGAGAGGGAAGAAGAUCUACGAGCCCCCCCGCUUCAUGACGGUGGCGCAGGCGUCGGAUCAGCUGAUCCAGAUCAUCCAGAGGAGGAGGGGGGGGGGCGAGCACAUCGGUGUGACCGAGGACACCGUGUGUGUGGGCGUGGCCCGACUCGGCGCCGACGACCAGGUGAUCCGCGUGGCGACGUUACGUCAGCUGGCGUCAUGUGACCUCGGCGCUCCGCUGCACUCGCUGCUGGUCACCGGUCGGCUCCACCCACUGGAGGUGGACAUGCUGCGAGUGAACGCAGAACCGAGCGCGCUGGAGAACCUUCGCCAGAUCGACAGCUCCACCUACACCUCCUAACACACACUCACGCUGGUCUGCAGCACAUCAGGGGACCGGCGUAUUGAAAUCAUGUUUUUUUUGUCCUGAUAAAAAUGUUUUGAUUCAGUUAAACUUUAUUAAAUCGAGACGUGAACAUUUAUGUUGAAAAUCAUGAAUUUUAUCAGAAUUUAACAAACUGGUUUCAAGUGAUUAAUGUGUUAUUAAGUUGUUUUUUAAGCUGAUCAAUAAAAAGGUUGUCACUC